AUGGUUCUUUAUAAGAGGAAGCCUAUUGUGCUUCCUACCCCCAAACCGUUACCGGCAAAUCUGGAAUGCAAGGUGUGGCACAUCAACGAGACGGGAGAAUGGUUUUUGACCUACCAGGAGUAUCUAGAGCGGCUGGAUUUCUAUACGAGACACUACUUUACGUGUGAGAUCACCGGGACGUCUUGCCUCACGUUUUUCGAUGCACUGAACAGCGAAGAAAGCCAGUUCAAGAAUGUGGAGGAGCGGUUCCCGCUUAAGCUGCGGGAGCCCGUGGCGCGCUUUCUGCACUUCAAUGAGGUUCGGCGGCUGGACCUGCUGGUGGAGCAAGUGUAUGCGAAAUUCAAGACUGACUUCUUCCCUGGGGAGGUGGUGUAUUUGCGCAAAAACCGGCAGGAGGUGACUCCGGCGCCAGAGGACCUUUUCCGCGAGGGCGAAGUGGGGAUGCAGAGCGCGCCACACAGCUCGCCAAACUCCGCUGCAUCUAGCCAUCAGUCGCAGUCGCUACAGUACCAGAAGCCAUAUGUGGUGAAAGAAAAGGCACAUUUCAAUGCAAUUGUGGAUCCAGAAACGAAGCGCCAAAUAUCUCCUGCGUAUUCGAAGUACAUGCUAGUGGAGGAACAUUCAUCAGGCAACACGGGCUACAUUAUAGCAGAUCAAUCACAGAUAUAUCGUGAUCGCUCUAGUUUUACGAAGCAUCUCAUAAAAUGCUUCUGCAAGAUCACCCUUAGAAGGGCGUCCUCGAAAAUGGGGGCCCCGUGGUGUGUGAAAGAGGACUAUCUUCCUAUGUACGGUCUGACUAUGGACUGGCCGGUGGAUAUGCUGAAGUACAAAGAAGAUCAAAUGGAACAACGUCCAAAUUCCUUAUCUAAACGUGCUCGCGAAGAAGCUGCAACAUCGGAUUUGGAUGGUCAGAUUCAGCCCUGGGAUCACGAAAAUGAGUCUUAUGAUGCGGCCAAGGAACAUAAAAAGAAGGUUAAGAAGGAUCAGCCGGGCUCACAAGCCGAGUGUCCCAUAGCAACAACUGAUAUAGAGGUUAAUCCAGCUGAGAACCAAUUGGAGGAACAGGGCGCAUCUGUUUCUUUACAUGUUCCAAAUGAGAAUGCGCCAAUCACUUCGAUAAUGGAAGACCUGAAGCUGCCGUUUGUUGGCCAGCACCAGCCACUUUCAUCGCUGAUGACCUAUUCUAGGAAUCUUGACGCAAUACCGCACACUUCAAGGAUACCGACAUUCAGGAACUUUGAGAAGGUGAUCCAGUGCUAUGCAUUUUUGAAUACGUUCAAUGAGAAGCUUUGCAUAUCCAAUUUUACUUGGGAAAAUUUCAUUACAACUUUCCGCUGCACUGACGUUAAACUACUUUCGGGUAAGGUUGUUCUGGUUAAUGUUACAUCGGAGAAUACAACAGAUACUGAAUCGGGAGAAAAGGACUCUGAUAUAGAAGUCUUAGACGUUGUAGACCAGGACGACACAUAUAUGUCUGCUGAUGUGUUGGAUUUUAUCAAAGCACAGAAUAAUGAACAUAUAACGUAUUCAAUUGAAGAUGAUGAUUCACUUGAUGACGAAUAUCUCGAUGCUAUCAAGGAUAAUGGCUCUGCAUUACUCGUGGAAUGCUUUGUUUCCUUGCUCAGGUUAUUUAUAGAUGAACAGGGAGAUUGGAAAACGCUGGUUAUGGAAAAUUGGUACGAUGAAGAGGAUGAAGAUGAGGACAAGGUCUCUGGGGGCGGUCGCGGAAAUACAUCUGAGGAAUCAACUGGGUUGAACUCCAAGAUUACAAAUGGCAAUGCUUCGUGCGAUCAGGGCAACUUUGAUGCGAAGGUCCAAGAUAACGAUAAAAAUGCUGUAGAAGUUAAAACUGAAAACUUAGUGCAGAACGAUGAUCAUGAGAUUACGACUCCAGAAAUUGAUACCCUUUUGGAUAAGUGUCUAACGUUUAGAAAGAUCAAUUGGUCAGAGAGACUUACCAAAAGACAAUUCCAGAAUGGAUUUUGGCUUAUUGUGCUUUUAGGCGUUUACCAGGACUGCAUGCAUCUACCGAUGUACACAAAAUUUAUCCAUGAUUUUAUAAAGAGUGUGGUUCCAAAAGACGGAACAUCAACGCAACUGAAUAAAACCCUUUGGAGAAAUUUCUGCCGCAACCUUGAUGUGGAGCAGAAAGUUACCGCUCUUUGGAUAUUAGUAGAUCUAUGUUCCAACUUUUCACAUGAUAUCAAGGCGGCAGUCGAAGAUUCGAUGGAACUAUGCGGACAGAUACGCAGUGAGAGAUACAAGAUAGGCAGGGAUUUGAAGGUUGAAUACCAAACUUUAACUGACUUGCAAGAAACGUCCAGAAAAUUAGCAGAGAAGACCGCAGAUUCACCAGAAUUGAUGGAGCUGGAACAAAAGAUGGCCCGCCAAGAAGACAAAAUUGCGCGUCUACAGGAAGAUAAAAGCUACUUGGAUCGAGUACUUUGCGAAAACGACUUGCAACGGCUCAAGCCAUUGGGAAUGGAUAGAUAUGGCAAUAAGUAUUAUUGGUUAGAACUGCAUGGUAUUACAAGACCUUCCAAGUCCGAGGGAGAUACGUACCGAUCGUUAACAGCCGGAAGAAUUUGGAUCCAAGGUCCAAAUAGCUGGGAUUACAACUACAUUUUAGGCAUUUCUGAGGACCAGAUCAGUCAAUGGCUAAGUAUCCGGUUGGAGCAAGGUUCUGCUGCGGCAACUAGGAAAGUAUUCGGAGUCUAUCGUGCAGAAAAUGGUAGCUAUUGGCUGGAUGACGAGUCCUCUGGACAGGCGAUUGAAUUAGUCGAUCAGAAGGGCGCUCUCAAUUAUAACGUCACCUUGACGGCGCUGCAGAAGAAGAUAAUAGACGAAACACCGGACGGUUUGUUGCUCUCGGAUAGCCAAUGGUACUGUAUAAAUAGCGUGAGAGACUACAAGAUCUUAGCGGAUUGGUGGGAAAAUUGGGGCAGGCGCGAACAUGAUCUGCUGCGUCAAGUCAAAAACGUGGAGACCGAGAUUAUGGGAAGCCUCGAAGGUGACACGAGCGCCCUGGACACUCUACAAAAGGAAAAAGAGCUGAUGCAGAAGUUCAAAGACCACCAGUUGACGCCCGAAGAGCUACAGCUCGCCGCCAACGGAGAGCAAAAGGACCAGGAGCAGUCGUUCAAGACCGAAGACCAGCUGGAGCAGAUAGCAGAGGAAAUAAUGAAACUGGACGAUUCCUCCAAGACUCGCAAGAUUUUAGACAGAAUCAAGGUGCUCGAGGCCAAGCGUGAUGAACUGCUGGCCAAAAAGCAGCAUGUCGAACAGCAUAAACCGGGUUCGCGCAUCCAGCUGCGCUCCGAGUACAAGCGCCAAAAACUCAACAUCGACCAAAAGCUCCGUCUUCAGGAGGAGGUUCUCACCGAGCUCGUCAACUUCUCGUUUUCCGAACGACAGCGCGAGACCAUCGAGUGGGAAAACGAGCGUGCUCUCAACCUCUGGGGCUUCCCUCUUGUAAAGGGCGCCAGCGGAAAGACCAAAGUUCAAAUGCAGGGAACAGUCGACGACAAGCUCUCCUCAAUUCUAAAGAACACCCUCAAGCACCAGGACACGGCUACGGCUGCAUGA